CACAAGCGAGUGUGCAGUGCCCAAACCGGAAACAGGAAAAGAGCGUAGCACAACUUCUCAUCCCCAAAUCACGAGUGUCUCAAAGGGCUGCACAAGCCACAACGACAUCCUCCUCGGCCCAGAUCCCACAUCAGGGCAAGGAAAAACUCAACCUAAUGGGACAUAAGAAACCUUGGAGGGGACUGCAGACGUGGGGACGUGGGACCGGUCUCGCCUGGUGUUGACUGGAUGUCUUUCCACGCCAUCCCUCAGACGUCCCUCAACAACAGUCAUCAAAGCCCAGCCCCUAGCCAGAUGGAGCUAAAAAAAGUUGUACAGGUGUUGGAGGAUCUCGCUCCCCUCUCUUUGGCCGAGUCGUGGGACAACGUGGGCCUGCUGGUGGAGCCGAGCAAGCCGCGGCCCGUGAAAACCAUCCUACUUACCAAUGAUCUCACGAACGCCGUCAUGGAGGAAGCGGAGGCCAUGAGUUGUGAUCUUCUCAUCUCUUAUCAUCCUCCGCUCUUUCAACCAAUCAAACGUCUGGUCCAGAAGGACUGGAAGCAGCGAUUGGCUAUCCGGGCCGUGGAGGCUGGCAUGGCCAUCUUCUCCCCUCACACGUCAUGGGACAGCGUAAGAGGAGGAGUUAACGACUGGCUGGUUGGCGGACUUGGGCCCGGCCAGGUGUCUGUGCUGAGUCAGGCCUACAUCGCCUUAGAACACACUCACAUGGUGGAGUUCAAAAGCAGGACUGAGACUUUAGACGCUCUUCUGGAGAAAUUGACAACACAAUUUGAACAGGAUAUUGAAGUGACAGUACAAGACGCACACAGAAUUGAUGGUGACUACAGUCAAGUCAGGCUACACUGCAGUGGCUCUGUGCUGACCCCUGUUGUUGAUAAAGUGUUACAACACAUCAUUUCCUGCAACUCCCUACACAUCCUUAAGUUUGAAAAGACACCUCAGUUAAACCACGGCCAGGGGCGCCUCAGUGUCUUAAGCCAGCCAGUAACCGUGUCGACCGCUGUGCAGAAAAUGAAGUCCCACUUGGGUUUGAGGCACGUUCGUUUGGCCAUUGGACAGGGGCGCACGGAAGAGUCGUUUGUUCACACUGUGGCUGUGUGCGCUGGAUCGGGAGCCUCAGUGCUGAAAGGUGUCAAAGCAGACCUCUACGUCACAGGUGAGAUGUCUCACCAUGAAGUGCUGGAUGCGGUUGCCAAGGGAACUAGCGUCAUCCUUAGCGAUCACAGCAACAGCGAGCGUGGCUAUCUAGCGGUCUUCCGGGAGGAACUGACUCAACGUCUUCCUGUCAAUGUCGUCGUGAUGGUGUCGAAGGCUGACCGGGACCCUUUGGUGAUUGUUUGAAGAAUUCAUCUUGUCACUUUCUUGUUCCUCUUAAUAAAUAUGUGGCCGGA